UCUUAAAAAAAUAAUUUCUUUAAUUCGAAAGAGUUUCUUUCUGGUUGCUGCUUAUUUUCACUUGCAUUUUCCUUUUAUCCAUAAUAAUUCUCUUCGUCCCAUUUUCCCUUUCUCCAUCUUCAAGCAGCCAUGUCUUUCAGAGGAGCGAAUGCGUCAUCUGGCAUGGGAGUGUCUGAACACAGCAAGAGCACGUACCUGGAGCUGCAGAGGAAGAAGGUGUUCCGAUACGUGAUAUUUAAGAUCGACGAGAACAGAAAGGAGGUUGUGGUUGAAAAGACUGGAGGUCCAUCCGAGAGCUAUGAUGAUUUCACUGAUUCAUUGCCUGAGGCUGAUUGCCGCUAUGCCGUUUUUGACUUCGAUUUUGUGACUUCCGAGAACUGCCAGAAGAGCAAGAUCUUCUUUAUUGCGUGGUCUCCUUCUGUUUCAAGGAUCCGUUCCAAGAUGCUCUACGCAACAUCCAAGGAUAGGUUCAGAAGGGAACUGCAGGGCAUUCAUUAUGAAAUUCAGGCAACUGACCCGACUGAGAUGGAUCUUGAGGUGAUCAGAGAGCGUGCACGUUAAGUGUCGAAUACCAUCUAUCCUUAUCACAAUGCACAUAUGUUAUUGUUGUUAAAAUAACACCUGAGAAGGCUGAUUUCGAGCUCCGGGGUUCAGAACUUUGGGCUCCUCAUUGCUGUGAUGCUUCUCAGGUGAAGAUGGGCGUGUUAUUAGGAGAUAUUUGAAGUGUUAUUCUUUAUUUAUGUUGUUUC